CAAGCAGCAAAGAGUGUAAUAAAUUAUGCAAAUGAAGAAUGACGUCACCGUCAAACAACAAGUGUGUAUUCACGAAGACACAACUACCACUGUUUAAACAGCGCGAUAUCACUGCUAAAAUUAUGGAUAAAUACCGGUUGCAGUGGGUUGGGUCCAAGUGUGGGCAACAUGGGCCUUACACUUUCUUCAAGGGCUUCAAAUUUCUCAAAAACUCGAAGUGGAGAACGAUUUCGCUUGGCGAAUUCUUUUUCGUCAAGUGCUCGGAAAACGACCCUCUUUGCAUAGCCGAACUGCAAUUAUUAUGGGAAGACAAGGGCACGGAAGGAAUUAUGCUAUCCAGUUUACGGCUCUACUUUCUCCCUGAACAUACUCCAGACGGCAGACAUCAUUCUCACGGAGAAAAUGAAGUGAUAGCAGUCAACGGCAAGGCCAUCAUGAGCAUCGAAGACCUCCUCGAAUGGGUGAUCAUGGAAGAUGUCAGGUGGAUCGAUGGUUUCCCCACGAUCUGCCCCAGCGACCACGCCACCACUACUACCACCACAGAGGAACAGGGCGGGGCAUUUACGUUCGAGGGUGUGGCGUCUAUUAAGAAUCAGGAUGGAGAUGCUAUUGAAGAGUUACCAUUGAGCAGGUUAAGGUGUACAGAUGAACAAGCCACAAACUCAAACGAACCCUGCAAAGAUACGGAAGAGGACCAGAAGCUGAUGGUGGUCAGCUACCCCAGCUACUGCCGUUACCAUGGCAACCUGAAGAGGAUAGAGAAGCAGGGGGACAAGUGGCGUAGCAACCCCCUCCUGAAGGCCCUGGGGCUCCUCUCCAUGCCCCACCCUCACACCAAGCUGCUCUUCUGCCGGGACGAGUUUGAUCAUCCCAUCAUGGAGGAGGACGAGAGGUUGUGUGAAUAUACAGCUCCCAAACUGAAAGGUAGACCAAGGAAGAAGAAAGUGAAGUUAAAAUCAGAUGAUGAUCGGUAUGAACCACCUAGAAAUCACACCGGCUCACAUAACCUUCAGAACACCUUCCUGCUUGCUAGCAAGAGGACAUACAGGGUCGGGUCACGGAGGUCAAGAGACCGACUGGAGCUUGGGUCGAGUGGGGCCGACACCCUGUCUCAGCUGAAGGCGGAGUUUAGGAUGGGUAGAGUGACCAGUGAGGAGCUCUUCCUUACGCACCUCUACAAGUACAUGAAGGACAGGAACACACCCAUCGACAGAGUGCCACACCUUGGAUUCAAACAGCUUGAUCUGUUUGCCUUCUUUGAGCUGGCUGUCAAGCUUGGUGGCUAUAGGAGUAUCACAUCACAGAAACAAUGGAAGGUCAUCUAUGAUCAGCUAGGGGGAAACCCUAACAGUACCAGUGCUGCAACAUGCACCAGGAAACACUAUGAAAGGUUGCUCUUUCCAUUUGAGCAGCACCUUCGCAUGCCAGACAAACCAGCAGACAUGUAUGGUGCAAAGGACAAGAAGAAGAAGAAGGACAAGAAAGAUAAGAAGAGGUCGAGGGUGAAACACGUCAGAGAACAACUUCAGGAGCUUGAGGCAUGGCGGCAAGCAGAGAGGAGAGCGCAAGAGCAGAUGCUAGAGCAAGCAGGAUUGAAUAGUGUCGUCAUGAGAGACACAAGUGCAUCCGUGUCAACAGUAACUACCACUGUGCCAACGAGCACAGCCACUAUAACUCCAUCAAUGACUGUCAGCGGAGAGGUGAAGCCUGCGAUGAGCAUCAACGGCAUGCCCAUCAUGACCAUGCCUCCCAUGAUACCACAGUCGCCCGUCGUUCAGCUUCAAGGGGGAAGCCACCUCUACCAUCAUCAUCUCGGUCUGAAGAACAUGGGUCCAGUCAUCCUGGCCAUACCUCAGGUACCCGUCUUAGCAGCUACAACAGUACCCAAACAGGAGAGGGAGAGUCCCGCACUGGGCCACCAGGCUGCUGAGGACCAGAAACAACCGUUGCAGCAACAGCCUGCUCCUCAGUCGCAGCCAUCGACCGUUUUGGACAAGGUGAGCGGCGGGGCACCACUGAUGCAGCAGGGAGAAAUAGCAGAGGUAAAACAAGAGGAGGCAGUGCCUAUCAAAAGUGAGAGAACACAUUCAGUUAUGAAUAACUCAGUGGUCAAAGAAGAAAGAGGUCUUGUAGAUCAUUCAAGGCAUAUUUCAAGAGGAGUUGAUAGCAAGCAUGUUAGUCGUGCGAGCCCUGUGAACCAUCUGAACAAUGUCACUAUGGGUGACCUGAGGUUAGGGAGUCAGGAAAGCCUCCUUCCACGCCCAUCAGUCAUACAGCACACGCAUCCCAAAAAGGUGAAGCUGGAAAGUGAUGUGCCAUCGGGGUUGAUCAAUUCACCACUUGCAAGCGCUGUGCAACCCAACGACCUCAUCUUACGCAACAUGACGAAAGAGCAAUUUGCAGCUGAGCAAGAACACUACAAGAAAGUGGUGGCAGAGAUGCCAGGCUUGCUGGGAGCAGGACCACGGUUCCUAUCACCGUAUCAUAUGACAUUCCUACCACAAUCCCCUCUCCUCUACCGCCCUCCAGUAGAACUCAAUAACCAAGCUGUUAUGAGUAUAGCCCCAACUCAGGUGACUAACAAAUUAAGCCAGUAUGAAUUUGAUGAUUCAAAAAGCAAAUCUCUUCUACCAGAACCAACUCCAGUCAAACCUCAUGCUUCUAUAGUACCACCAAUACGUUCUUCCUCAUCUGCUUCCUCCUCUUCCUCCUCCUCCUCCUCUGCAUCCUCCUCUCGCUCGGUCAAGUAUGAACCCGUUCCGGAGCAGGAGGAACCUUGUGACCUAAGCAUGCCUAAGAAGCUGAAGAGGUAUUAUGACAAUGUGCUAGAAGACGAGGUUUAUGGGAAGCGUAGGCCGAGUGUCAUCAGUAAUGCCAACUUGCAUUCCACAAGCAAUGUGAUAAGGAACUCUCCAGUGCAUAGAUUAAGAACUUCCGAUAAGAAAGUCCGCAAGCGUUCCUCGUCUCCUCUCUCCAACUCUCGCGAGCACCAUGCCAUGCUUUCUUCCUCGUCGCCAUUGCACUCGACUCAUUCAGCCCCACUGAUGGCUUCAUCUUCCCUUCUUGGCAUGGCACCUAAAGUGAAGAUGACACCCAAUCCUCGAGGUUCCAUCACUCAGGGUAUCAUUGACCCAGCCACUAACCAGACCCAUCCUUCCCUUCUACACAAACUCCCCGUCGUCGACCCCUCCAAGGCCCCCACCCCCAAAUCCUUGGCCCAGGAUCUCGUCCCCCAACAUUUCCCUCUGGACUUCCCCGCAGCUCUCAGUCUUCCGAUGGCAGUAGACAGCAUGGGCAAGCCUCUCCAACCCCUGACUGAUCUUAGUCACCUCUCUAGGUUUCCCAUGCUCCCUUACUACCCUAUGCUUCCACGCCCAACAUUCCUACCGGCUGGGUCGCCCUUCCUGCAGGGGCUUGUCCCAGGUAUACCUACCAGUCAGGCAGAGAGUAUGCUACAGCAGGGGCUUUUCUUCCGCCCUCCGUUCCCUUUUGCGCCAUCGGUGCCUUAUAGUACUGCACAGCUUCCUCGGGACUCCACCCAGGCCUCCUUGUAUAGAAGCUAGUCAUAUCAUUGCUGGACAUACACGCUUAAUUGAAGGUUUAGAUGACCACACACAUCUCCAUUAUGUUUAUUGGGAGAAUUAUGGAGGUUUGCUUUAUCUUAUUGAUGUAUCGUGAGACGGACCCUGUGUAUGCUUCCAAAUAUAUUGUGCAGAACCAUUCCACAAUUUGUUCUUGAAGGAAAAUUUUAUUGCGGAGAGAGUAUGCACAUUUCUUGUAAAUUAAACUACACAUUCAUAUUGACGUUUGUACUUCUGAACCACUAUCGACAGAAGUUUACAAACAGUUUGUACCGUGACCUAUAAUUUGCAUUUGUGACCUUUGAACUCAGGAGACCUGUAUAUGUGGCAGGAAGAAGCAGGCACAGAAGCAGAAUCAUGUAUUGGUUGCUUCGAACAUUCAUGUAGCACCAACAUUAUAUAUCAAGUCUACAGAAAUUUAAAUGUACACGUACUUCAUCAAUUACAUCUACGUGUAAAUGUCCAGCUUGGUAAAUACAGUUUGUCCAUAUGUUACUCGGUAUCCGAGCCGAAAAAGACAAUAGCACUGCCGUAAAUACGAUAAACAUCCAUUGGGCAAUUGCACAUCAAGUUUCGUUGUCACGUAUGUUUUCCAGUUUGUUUAUUGGUCAGUUUUUGUUUAUUUUGUAAGUCUUCCAUCAUGUGCCUUGUAUAAAAUUUAUAUUUUUGCACAAAUCAAGUGUUUUAUACAUUUUUCACAAAGCCUUCAUUCUCAUGAAAGUAAUAUUUUUCAUAUUUCAUUUUACAUUCGA